AUGGUCAAGCACCCUCGAGGCAGUUACAACGUGCUUACAACUGUCUCAGGAAGUUCUAGUGGGAAAGGUAGGCCGUCAGGGAAACGGAAGAGGUGUGGGAGGUUCACCAACGGCGGGAGCGGGAGCGGGAGCGGGAGCACGGGGGGGGCAUCGUCAAGGACACACUCAGCCCACGCUGCCUCCGCCGCCGUAUCACCCCCGCCGGACCUCUGCGACCACCCUGCUUGCCUCCUCGGCAGCGGCACCGUUGCUAGCUCGACCACCGUCUCGCGAGCUGGGACUGCGGGGGGCUCCGCGGCUGAAUGGGGAGGUGGGGGGCUGGAGUCUCUUGCCCGGAAGGAGGUGGAGCACCAGCGGUGGCGGUGCAAGUCGGACAAGUGCCGGGGUAACUCUUACCACAUGAUGUGCCUCGAGACUCGCGCAGGGAGGGAGCCCUCGAAGGCGGGGCGAGACGCUUGUUCGGAAGGCGGCGGCGGCGGUGGUGAUGACGGCGGAACGGAGAUGUCGGGGACUACGGAGGCUCUAGCGACCGAGCGUCUCGCCGGCGAAGCGGACGACGACGACGACGACGACGACGACGACGACGACGACGACGACUCAAGCGGCAGCGAGGGCAACCGCGGCAACCUGCCGCCCGCCGGUGUCGGCGAGAAGUCGGGCGUCGUUAUCGAGAUUGGAGAAGCGGAUGCCGUCGGCAAGAGGUUGACGGCGAUCACAACAGCGGUAGCGGUGGCGGCGUCGAUGACGGGCAUGAAAGUCGUUGCCGUGGCGGGGGCGUCGUUGCCGGUAGCGGCGGCAACGGGGGUUGCGGCGACGGAUGUGGGUCCGGUGAUAGGGUUGACAGCGGCGGCGGCGGCGGCGGCGGCGGCAGCACCAAAAGAGGAGGAGUUGUGGGGUUGGCGGGGUGACCUCCUGUGUCCGGAGUGUGGAGGCGUUGUCGCCACCCUGGAAGAGGCGGCCCUGGCGCAGCAACGAAUCGUGCGCUAUAGGACCUUCAAGGCUGCGCUGUCCAGAUCCUUCUUUUUUGAAUUCGGGAAAGAGAGAUCUGCGGUCGAAGAUGACCGUGGCCUGGGUAUCAAGGGUUCUGUCAUCGUCAAGGGACAUUCCACGCACAUGUACGGCUCGAUCUGCGCAGGAGCUGCCGACUUCAUCUUUCGGAUAUGCGGCCUGACUUGCCACGACUGCUUCCUCGACAUCGGUAGCGGGCUCGGGCAGAUCGUCACACAGGCGGCUGCGUGGGCGGGCUGCAAGUCGCUGGGGGUGGAGGUGGUCAGGGAUCGUCACCAAGCCGCAGUCCGCCUCUACAACAUGGUCAAGCGUGAGACGGCUGGCACAGCGCUGGAUGUCAGUGCACUCGCGCGAGUCAGGCUGAUAGAGGGGGAUUUCGUGGACAAGUGGGAUGAGAUCAAGGACUGCACGGUGAUCUACUUCAACAACGAGCGGGGCUGGUUCAAGGCGCCGGGUGGGGAUCCCAUCAAGGCCAAGUACAGCUACGAGUACCAGCUUGUGUCGCUGCUUCAGCAGCUAGGGAGGUCCGUGACCAUGGUGACGAUGGAGAAAAUGGACCCGUCUCCGCAGGGCUGGACCCACACCGAGCACAUCUUCGGCAAGCCCAAUGGCGACAAGCGGGUGGCCACAUUCGCCGCGGGCUCGCUCAACUUCCACUUGUACAAGACGAACUCGGGCCCCUGGCAGUGCUCGUUCUGCAAGCAGCAGCACGCCACGACCGUGAUCAAAUGCUCCUGUCCAUCCAGCAGGCGUGCGGAUCUAAGGCCGAAGAUAGCAGGCAGCGCCAGCAGCAGCAACGGUAGCAGUGGCACCUGAACGGGCGGCCUCUCCCCUCUUUUCACGCAGCAGGAGCGGGAGCACCUAGCUGUUUUUGCGCGUUGGUCAGCUAGUCAAAGGCCCCUUUCACGAUACGUUGCCACGGGCCGGCAAGUGCCUUGAAUGACAGGGGUUGAACGAACCAUGUUUUGUCUGUGCCUGAGCGGAUCAGUCAGAAAGCGUCGUAGAUGAGAACGAAUCGCUAUCGUGCGUAGCUUGGGGGUGUUGAUAGCUUAACGCGGUGGGCGCUUGGAUAAUGCGACGGUGCGGUGCGGUGCGGUGGCUGAAAAAAGCAGGCACUGCAGCCGUUCCGCGUUUGUUGGCUAGAGCAAGGAGCGGGGGCAUCGUACGCCCCUGUUCGGUAUUUAAGGGUCUCCGGGAUAGGAAGGAGAGAACACCUUUUCGGAGGUAUGCAUAUGUCGCCCAACUUGGCAUUUUCUACCAGAACCUUCGUUUAUCGUCGUCGUCAGCGAAGCUAUUAGAAAGCUUCGCCGCGUCCCUUCGACGGGGCACCAAGAUUGGAACGGGCACACUGCUUGGGGGGGGGGGGGUUUGGCAUGGCCUGUAGCAACAAGGCCGGGGCGGGGGGAAUUGGCGCAACGGCGUCCCCCGCCCCGCAACACUGGCGAGCGUUGACGCGGCGUGACCGCGAUUGCAAAUGUCGAUCGCCGUGCUGAUGCCGCCUCCUCGUGCUUGCUGAGCACAAGUACCUCGUUUCGAAUCCGUUUCUUUCAGCACGAGUCUGGAUGUUUUUUGAACCGAGAGGUGAAUGUAGGGGGUUUCGGAAGUGCGAUCGACAAUUUCAUCUUAACGAAAGGUACGAGAGUGAACGAACCCCGACAAUCCGCGCUGGGUUGGCCACCAUGGGUCGGGUGUGCUGGCCUGAUGAAACCCUUUUCUUUGGCGGGGGGGGUGGAUCUUAGACAACUACAAAAGGGAUGCUGAAAGACAACCAGGCAUCGCUGCUUCGUGUUGGACUACAGUGGGUGGCCCGAUAUAGUGCCGGUUGAAUAGUGCCGGUUGCCGGUAUAGUGCCGGUGUUUUCGGCUCGCACACACCGGAAUAUCAAGUCUUUCUGUACUCUGAAUAGUGCCGGUGCCCGGUAUAGUGCCGCUUUGCUCUCUGAACACAUACCGGCACUAUAGAGGGCCCCCUACUGUAUUGAAGAGGGGAGAUGGGGGGCCAUAUCUUGCUUCGGGUGGCAGAUGUGGGGAACAACUCCGACUCGAAGUGUCAGUUUCGUGUUUUAUUUAUUAGUGCAGUCCAGUGGACUGCUUCUUUUCUGUGUUUUCUUCCGCCUCGCCGAGUGGGGAUGGGGCGGGCAGCGCACGACACGCAUAGCGCUCCGCCAGAUAGAUACCUCGGUGUUGCCGCGUCUUUUAUCGUGGUUUACUCUCCCGGUACGUUGGUUGGACGUCAAGCUGUUGCGAGAUUUCACCGCGACUCCCUACACGUGGCGCAUGUUGUUUUCGUGAUCUCAACCAACACCAUGUACAUACAGCAUGUUGGUUUGCCGUUGGGAUGAUCCUGUCGUGAAUGCUAUUUAUUAUUACGUGCUUGCCAGCUCUUCGGGGGUUACACCCUUCGUAGGUUGUUGGUAAUGGGAUUUCGGGCUGACAAGAAGAAGUCGUCGUCAGCGGGAGGUUGUCCGUUUUGUGGUGCGUUUGACUUUGGAAGAAAAAAAAAAGGACAAGGAUGCGGCUCCUAUCUGUGUGUGUGCACUUCGUCAUUCAGGGCUGACUGCUGCUGUCCCUGCGAUGUUGUGUCUUAAAUUUCUUCCUGUAGGCUGGGGGCAAUGCGAAGAUUUCCUUCCAGGAGUUAUUUACGGCUCGAUUGUGCGGCGGCAGUCAAUGACCGCUAUAUAUGCGCCAUCGAAGAGAACAAACAAUCGUAAUGAUGAGCGGCUGGUGGUGUUGUGUUGGCGGUUUAGGUACAAGUAAGUAGUGCUUGCUUGUUUUUUUCCUGCUGAACGUUUGCCACGUUUGAAAAUGAGUGGUGGGGGCGGGUUGGUCUUUCCUGGACGCGAAAACUAAAGGAUUCGAGUGUGGAUGGUUCUUUCGGUGGGCUGAUGGGGAUAUAUAUAUAUAUAUAUAUAUACAUGUAGGGCUGCUAUUUUUUCGUUCCUACCGAACGUGGUCGUUGUUCGGCCCUUCGAACAGUGUGAGAAGGGCCUGUCAUAUUGUGGUUGCAACUGUUAUUAUUUUUUCUUUUGUUGUUCAGAACAAUACGGCGAAACCAGCUGCGAGCUGCCGAAGGGAAUCAUCACCUCGCCGCACUUUUUGUAGCGAAAAGGAAAGAGUUGUCACGUCCGAGGCCUUGCUUGGGCGUCGAGGGAUGUUUUCCGAAUAGCACAAAAUGCUGCUGGAAAAGGCUGGGUCUUAACGGAACAUCUAGAGUAGUGCAAGGAGUUCUUCUGGGUGGUGAAUACACAUGUAAUCCACCACAUGCAGCAAGUUCUUAGCGCUUUUCUGGCGACUAGUGACUGCAAGCAAGGUCAGACGAAUGGGGAACGGAGGUGGACGCAUCUCUCCUCGUGCUGCGUUUGUGUUGCGUGGUACAGGAGACAGGCCUAGGGAGUGCGUGGAACAUGAGUUUUAUUGCAUGACAUGCGUUCCGCACACCACGAAUGCAUUAGGAAGAGAGAGACGCGCAAAUCUGUGCUGCGUUUCGCACUGCUCUGUUUUUUUUCUUGGCGUGUUUUUUUGUGGUUGUUCUGAGGUGGACGGUCCAGCAGCAUGGUGGCUGACUUUCGGAUACUCACGCCUUAGAGAGAGAGAGAGAGAAAAAUGUAGACUCAGUAGCAUUGGGGGAAAUGCCGCUCUGUGGUUGCGGGCACACGCACACAUCAUCCACGCCGUAGUCUAGAGACUCAAAAAACGGGACGUUGAAGUUCACGCGGUUUCGCACGAAAGGUGCAACAAGAAGCUGCACAUUCGCUAACAUUUUUCGUUCCUUACGGACGGGUGUUUUGCGGUAUAGUAUGACUGUGGGUCAGUGGGCUUGUCGAACGACAAGAUGCGGUGUUGAACGGUGCGGGCGGGGAUCAGUUGCGCUCGUCGAACGAUCUAGCACGGCAUGUAUUCAAGCAAGAUGGAUCGCCGAUAUAUACUAGGUUGUCGGUGUUUGCAGCAUCAUGGGAGGGGGGCGGGGUGAGGAGAAGGAAGGGCAAAUGGAUGUCACGUAGGUUAGAGAAAUGCACUCUGUGUCUUGUCUGCUUGUUGUUUGAUCUUGGUUGGACGCAUUAAAUGCGGAAUGAGCAUUCCUUUUGGCUAAGGACGGCAGCAGCAGCGUUAAGCGAGGUUACAACAAACACGGAGCGAGGAGGGCAGGAAAUUCAGGUCUCUCUUCCGAUUGUCGCUUGCCUGUUAUGUAGAGUAGUACACCACCCUGCUCUCUCUGUCCUUCUUUCCUUCACCAUCCGACAUGUGUGCGCGUGU